GUUAUUUUCCUAUAAAGGAUUCCAUUAAUCGGAUGACUAAUCCACAAUAAGCUCUGAAAUUAAUAAGUUAAUAUGUAGCACCGAUUCGAGGUUUGAAAAACUGCACCGAACUGCAGUGUAGUGUUUGUUCGUGUCUUGACCAUGGCGACUCAACAGAGCGAUGCAGAACUCAUAGUCAGCUUGCAAGCCAGGGUCAAGGAGUUAGAAACUGAGAAUGCAAAGCUGUUAGCUCAACUUGCCGAUUGCCACAGUCACGAGAUGGAGGAAAAAUUACAUGGCCCUGACGGGAAAGACAGGGAAGCAAAAGAAGGCAACAGGAAAUUCGAAAAGAAGAUAGAGAAAAAAGAGUCAGGUUAUGACACAAGGUUUAUGAGCCAUCACAGCAAGAGAUAUGUAGCUUUAAAAGUCAUGUACUUUGGAAAAAGGUUUUAUGGUUUUGCGUCAGAGGCACAAAUGCAACCAACUGUUGAGUCUGAACUUUUUAAAGCUUUUGAGAAAACAAGGCUAUUAAUUGGCGAUAAGAAGGAGUCACAAUAUUCAAGAUGUGGUAGAACAGAUAAAGGGGUUUCCUCUGUUGGACAAGUGAUAGCUCUUUUCCUAAGAUCAAACCUCAAGUUAUCUGCAAUAAAUAAUGGAAAUUCUGGAGAAGUUGUUUUGGAUGAGAAACAUGAAGGGGAAAUAGAUUAUGUUAGGGUGCUAAAUCGAGUCCUUCCAAAUGACAUUCGAAUUUUGGGCUGGUGUCCUGCUCCUGUUGAUUUCCAUGCAAGGUUCAGUUGCUUAAGCAGGGAGUAUAAAUAUUUCUUCUGGAAAGAAAAAUUGAACAUCCCGGCCAUGGAGAGUGCUGGAAUCAAACUUGUUGGAGAGCAUGACUUUAGAAACUUCUGUAAAAUGGAUGCAGCAAAUGUGCACAACUACAGGCGGCACAUCACAUUGUUUGAUAUUUCUCCUACGGAUGUGAGGUUAAGAUUGUACAAUGGUAAUCAACUUUGGGUGAUUAAAAUAAAAGGCAGUGCUUUUCUAUGGCAUCAGGUUCGCUGCAUGGUUGCUGUUCUAUUCAUGGUUGGCAAAGGUUUUGAAUCUCCAAAUGUGAUUGAUAUGCUACUGGACACUACUAGGAUCGUAAGGAAACCCCAGUAUACAAUGGCUUCAGAGGUUCCGUUGGUUCUUCAGUGCUGUGAAUUUGAUGACAUUAAGUUUAUAUGUUCAUCAGAUGCUGGAGAUGCUUUACGGUUACACUUGGUGAAUGAAUGCCAAAUGUACCACCUUCAAGCUACAAUCUUUCACGAAGCUCUUCUUAACUGUGUGCCUCUUUCAAAUGAUCAAAGCUUGCUGCCUUUUCAGGCAACCAAGAAGAAAGUUUCCCAUGUCUCUCUUAUGUCACGUCCUACUGAGCCAUCAUAUGAAGAACGCCGUGCCAAACUCAACACAGUUGCAUGAAGAUUUCGUUGGUGAACUUUGUUAUAUAAUGUGUUUGGGUGAGCAUUUGCAUGCUUAAUUUUGUAUGACUUUUUUAAUUUUUUAAAAUUAUUUUUUGGUUGAAACUUAUAACUGAGUUUGAAGGGUGUAAUUUUAGUAUAAUGUUAUUUAAUACUUUGGUAAAAAUAA